UCGCGCGGAGACGGGAUGCUCCCGGCCGCCGAGAUCGGCAAGGCGCCGGCAGCCCCGUGCUGCUCUGAAAGUGGUAACGAAAGGAAGGACGUCGAGGAGAAAAAUGACAUAAAUAUUGCAGCUCUUUUUGGAAAUGAACAAGUCAGUGAAGAUACAGAUAAUGGUGAUCUCACUUCCUACGUGUCUGCAUUUAUAGAAAAAGAAGUUGGAAAUGACCUUAAAUCUUUAAAGAAACUUGAUAAACUCAUAGAACAGAUGACAGAAAAUAAAAUGCAGUUAGAAGAACAGGUACUUACAAUUUCAUCAGAAAUCCCUAAAAGAAUUCAGAGUGCCUUAAAAAAUGCAGAAGAAUCAAAGCAAUUUCUUAAUCAGUUUCUGGAGCAAGAAACUCAUCUCUUCAGUUCCAUUAACAGCCAUUUGCUGACCGCACAGCCCUGGAUGGAAGAUCUGGGGGCCAUGAUUAACCAAAUUGAAGAGAUUGAGCGCCAUCUUGCUUACCUUAAAUGGAUUUCACAAAUUGAAGAACUAAGUGAUAACAUUCAGCAAUAUCUGAUGACCAAUAACGUCCCAGAGGCAGCCUCUACUCUGGUGUCUAUGGUGGAACUUGACAUCAAGCUUCAGGAAUCAUCUUGUGCUCAUCUUCUUGCUUUCACGAGAGCCACUGUUAAAUUCUGGCAUAAGAUCCUCAAGGACAAACUUACAAGUGAUUUUGAGGAAGUUUUAGCCCAGCUUCACUGGCCAUUCAUCACACCCCCCCAGUCUCAGACUGUUGGCUUGAGUCGCCCAGCAGGUGCCCCUGAGAUAUACAGUAACCUGGAGACACUGUUUUGCCAGCUUCUGAAACUGCAGACCUCAGAUGAAUUACUUACUGAGCCAAAACAACUUCCAGAAAAAUACUGUCUUCCUGCAUCCCCGUCUGUCAUCCUGCCCAUCCAGAUUAUGCUGACUCCCCUUCAGAAAAGGUUCAGGUAUCACUUCCGAGGGAACCGACAGACUAAUGUUAUAAGCAAGCCUGAAUGGUACUUGGCUCAGGUACUUAUGUGGAUUGGGAAUCACACUCAGUUUCUGGAUGAGAAGAUUCAGCCAAUAUUAGACAAAGUAGGCCCUUCGGUAAAUGCAAGGCUUGAAUUUUCCCGGGGCCUCAUGAUGCUCGUUCUUGAGAAGUUAGCUGCAGACAUCCCAUGUCUGCUCUAUGAUGACAAUCUCUUCUGUCAUCUGGUGGAUGAGGUGCUUUUGUUCGAAAGGGAGCUGCACAGUCUUUAUGGCUAUCCCAGCACUUUUGCCAACUGUAUGCAUAUUCUGUCAGAGGACACCUGUUUUCAGAGGUGGUUGACUGUGGAGAGAAAAUUUGCUCUUCAAAAAAUGGACUCAAUGCUUUCAUCAGAAGCUGCUUGGAUAUCCCAAUAUAAGGAUAUCACUGAUGUGGACGAGAUGAAAGUUCCAGACUGUGCAGAAACUUUUAUGACGCUACUCUUGGUUAUAACUGACAGAUAUAAAAAUCUUCCCACAGCUUCCAGAAAGCUACAGUUCCUGGAGUUACAGAAGGACUUAGUAGAUGAUUUCAGGAUACGGUUAACUCAGGUGAUGAAAGAAGAGACUAGAGCUUCCCUUGGCUUUCGAUACUGUGCAAUUCUCAAUGCUGUGAACUAUAUCUCAACAGUACUAGCAGACUGGGCUGACAAUGUUUUCUUCCUGCAACUUCAGCAGGCAGCACUGGAGGUCUUUGCAGACAAUAACACCCUCAGUAAAUUGCAGCUGGGACAGCUGGCCUCUAUGGAGAGUUCUGUCUUUGAUGACAUGAUUAACCUACUGGAGCGUUUAAAGCAUGACAUGUUGACCCGCCAAGUAGACCAUGUUUUUAGAGAAGUUAAAGAUGCUGCAAAAUUGUAUAAAAAAGAAAGGUGGCUGUCGCUGCCGUCGCAGUCGGAGCAGGCGGUGAUGUCCCUGUCCAGCUCGGCCUGCCCGCUGCUGCUCACCGUGAGAGACCGCUUACUCCAGCUGGAGGAGCAGCUUUGCUUCUCCUUGUUCACAGUCUUCUGGCAGGUGCUUGUGGAGAAGCUGGAUGUGUACAUCUACCAAGAAAUUGUUCUUGCCAAUCAUUUCAACGAGGGAGGGGCAGCUCAGCUCCAGUUUGAUAUGACUCGGAACCUGUUCCCCCUGUUCUCCCGCUAUUGCAAGAGGCCAGAAAAUUACUUCAAACAUGUCAAAGAAGCGUGUAUUGUUUUGAAUCUGAACAUUGGCUCUGCCCUCCUUCUGAAAGACGUCCUGCAGUCAGCCUCAGGGCAGCCUCCUGCCACCGAGGCCUUAAACGAAGUUGGAAUUUACAAACUGGCUCAACAAGAUGUUGAGAUUCUACUUAAUUUGAGGACAAACUGGCCUAACACGGGAAAAUAA